GACAACACCCUGCAUGGGCCAGUUUUCCUUCAGGAGCCCAACAGCGUGAUCUUCCCCUUGGAUUCAGAGGAAAAGAAAGUGAAACUGAGCUGCGAAGUGAAAGGAAAUCCCAGACCAACCAUUGGGUGGAAGUUAAAUGGAACCAGUAUUGACAUCAGUAUGGAUUACCGCUACGGCAUGGUGGAAGGCAACCUGUUGAUCAAUAAUCCCAAUAAAACCCAAGAUACUGGAACAUACCAGUGUGUAGCAACAAACCCGUUCGGAACAAUUGUCAGCAGAGAAGCAAAGCUUCAGUUUGCUUAUCUUGAGAACUUCAAAACCAGAACAAGAAGCACGGUGUCUGUCCGCCAGGGCCAGGGCAUGGUGCUGCUGUGUGGACCACCACCGCAUUCUGGAGAGCUCACCUACGCGUGGAUCUUCAACGAGUACCCUACCUUCGUGCACCAGGACAACCGCCGCUUCGUUUCGCAGGAGACUGGGAAUUUGUACAUCGCCAAGGUGGAAGCUUCGGACGUGGGCAACUACACAUGUGUGGUGACGAACACAGUGACCAACAGCAGGGUCCUGGGUCCCCCCACCCCACUCAUCCUCCGGAACGACGGGGUGAUGGGAGAGUAUGAGCCGAAAAUAGAAGUGCAGUUCCCAGAAACGGUCCCAUCUGCAAAAGGCACAACAGUGAAACUGGAGUGCUUUGCCUUGGGGAACCCGGUUCCUACGAUUAGCUGGAGGAGAGCAGAUGGGAAACAGAUACCCAGAAAAGCCAGGAGACACAGAUCAAGUGGACUUCUUGAAAUCCCAAAUUUUCAGCAAGAAGAUGCUGGACUCUAUGAGUGUGUAGCUGAAAAUGUGAGAGGGAAAAACGUGGCACGAGGACAGCUGACAUUUUAUGCUCAGCCCAACUGGAUUCAGAAAAUCGGCGAUGCCCACAUAGAGGAUAGCGUCGUCGGGGAAUGCCGGGCGAGCGGGAGACCGAAGCCCUCGUACCGCUGGCUGAAGGACGGGGAGCCGCUGCUGCCCCAGGGCAGAGUUCAGCUAGAGCAGGGCUCGCUCACCAUCACGAACGUCAGCCUGUUGGACGCUGGCAUGUAUCAGUGUGUCGCGGAAAACAGACAUGGCAUUAUUUUUGCCAGCGCAGAACUGAGCGUCAUAGCCGUCAGUCCAGACUUUUCCAAAACACUCUUGAAAAAGUUAACUCUUGUUAAAGUGGGUGGAGAAGUGAUCAUUGAGUGUAAGCCGAAAGCUUCCCCCAGACCUACUUAUUCUUGGAAGAAAGGAAAAGACAUCCUAAGAGAAAAUGAGAGAAUCACUGUCUUGGACGAUGGGAGCCUCCGGAUUGUCAACGUCACCAAGUCGGACGCGGGGAGUUACACCUGUGUGGCAACAAACCACUUUGGGACGGCAAGCAGCACGGGCAGUCUGGUUGUGAAAGAUCCAACCCGGGUUAUGGUGUCACCUUUCAGCAUGGAUGUCACUGUUGGAGAAAGCAUUGUCUUGCCUUGUCAGGUAUCUCACGAUCACUCACUAGAUAUCAUGUUCACCUGGUCGUUUAAUGGACACCUGAUAGACUUUGAAAAAGAUGGGGAUCACUUUGAAAGAGUUGGAGGGGAUUCAGCUGGUGAUUUGAUGAUCAGAAGCAUCCAGCUGAAGCAUGCUGGGAAAUACGUCUGCAUGGUGCAAACAAGUGUGGACAAGCUAUCGGCUGCUGCAGACCUGAUUGUAAGAGGUCCCCCAGGUCCACCAGAAGCUGUGACGAUAGAUGAAAUCACUGACACCACCGCCCAGCUGUCCUGGAGGCCAGGAGCAGACAACCACAGCCCUAUCACAAUGUACGUCGUACAAGCAAGGACCCCCUUCUCGGUGGGAUGGCAAGCGGUGAGCACAGUUCCAGAGAUCAUCGACGGCAGGACGUUCACAGCGACAGUGGUGGGUCUGAACCCGUGGGUCGAGUAUGAAUUUCGAGUAGUGGCUGCCAACCUGAUUGGGAUUGGAGAACCCAGCAGACCUUCAGAGAAGAGAAGAACUGAAGAAGCUCUUCCCGAAGUGACCCCAGCUAACGUCAGUGGUGGCGGAGGGAGCAAAUCUGAGCUGGUCAUUACUUGGGAGACCGUGCCCGAGGAGCUGCAGAACGGAGGUGGCUUCGGGUACGUGGUGGCCUUCCGCCCCUUCGGCACCGUCAGCUGGAUGCAGACCGUCGUGGCCUCCCCGGACGCCGCCAGAUACGUCUUCCGCAACGAGACCUUGCCGCCCUUCUCCCCCUACGAAGUGAAAGUGGGGGUGUACAACAACAAGGGGGAAGGGUCCUUCAGCCCCGUGACCGUCGUCUACUCGGCAGAGGAAGAGCCAACGAGGGCCCCCACCACUGUUUUGGCCAGAAGUCUUUCUGCUUCGGACGUCGAAGUUUCUUGGGAUCCCCCUCGGGAGAACCAGCACAAAGGAAGAAUACAGGGAUACGAGGUCCGGUGUUGGAGACACGACGAAAAGGAAGAGAACGCGAAAAGGAUUCGAACGGUUGGCAAUCAAACGUCGGCGAAAGUCACCAACCUGAGAGGCAACGCGCUGUAUCACUUGGCAGUCAGGGCGUACAACACGGCUGGCACUGGCCCCUCCAGUGCCACCGUCAACGUCACAACCAAAAAGCCACCACCAAGUCAGCCCCCCGGCAACAUUAUCUGGAAUUCAUCCGACUCCAAGAUCAUACUGAACUGGGACCAAGUGAAAGCGCUGGACAACGAGUCGGAAGUGAGAGGCUACAAGGUUUUGUACAGGUGGAACAGGCAGAGCAGCACAUCCGUGAUAGAAACGAAUAAAACCUCCGUGGAGCUCUCCCUGCCCUUCGACGAGGACUACAUCAUAGAGAUAAAGCCGUUCAGCGAUGGGGGCGACGGCAGCAGCAGCGAACAAAUCCGAAUUCCAAAGAUAUCAAACGCGUACGCGAGAGGAUCCGGCUCUUCGACCUCCAACGCCUGUACGCUGUCAGCCAUCAGCACAAUAAUGAUAUCGCUCACAGCUCGGUCCAGUUUAUGACAAAAAUGACAAAAGGACUUCUUGUUUAUAAUAUAAGCAACAUUUAGCUAGUUGUUUUGAAGACACCCAGUACUAAGUAAUAUUGUGGUUUGAGUACAUCUUACUACUGGAAAAA